UUCUUUUUCCAUCACGGCGCUCCUUUUUUGUGGCUCCCGAGGAGAUGAUGAUGCUGCUGCUGCGACGACGACGACGAUGAUGAUGAUGAGUGUCACCAGAACUCGUCUUCGGCGUCAGAUUGGCUGCUGCUGCUGCUGUUACAUCAUCGUCGUAGGUAGUAGCAUUAUGAGAUUUGGCCCUCCCUCCCUGCCCUUCCCUGCCCCACCUCCACCCCUCCUUUGAUAUUUCCUCCUACUACUCCUACUACUACUACUCCCCCUCCUUCGCCUCCUCGGGAUUUGUGAACUACUCGCUUCUGCUUGUGUUUUGCUUACUGACCAGGAUUUGCUUUGUUCCUUUUCUCUAGAGAGCGAGUGAACGAGAGCGAGAGAGAGAGAGAGAGAGCGUGAGUUAAAGAGACAGAGAGACAGAGACGGGGUGAAGGGGUUUAUGUUUCUUCUUCUUCUUCUUCUCGACGGGUUUCUGCGAGUUGUAGGCUACCUAUGAUCUCAAUUGAGGGAUUUCGUCGCGAUUGGGAAAAAGUUUUCCGUCACGAUCAGCUCAUCUCAGUAUCUGUCAACUGUCGGGAUUUGAGAAAUUGAUGUGCGUGUGUGAGUGUGUGUGAGAGGGAGAGCGAGAAAGAGAGAGUUUUUUUGUUUUUUUUAUAAUAAUAAUUAAAUUUCUGGUGACUUUGAUGUUAUCUACGUGCCAAUGCGUCGACGGUGAAGGAUAUUCCGGAAUCAGUUGUUGACGUUGUUGCUGAGUGUGACAUUAUUGUCGCAUCAUUGGGAGUAAAAUUAUUUAAUCUGGGUCGUUGGGAUUUGGUUCGGAGCAGUGUUUCUGCGCACGCCGCUAAUUCCCGUGUUGAUCUCGCACUAUAUUCUACCUUCUGGAGAAUCUGAGCGUAGAACUUGUCAUGGCAUCAUGACGUGCGGAAGGGUUUCUGCGUUUCUACGCAUUUUCUAGCUGGGUUGAGCGGGGCUCAUUUUGAAAUCUGCGGGGAAUCGCGGGCCAUUUGUAUUACAAGUCUGUGAGGAGCGCAAGAGUGCCUUAAGAGCGACCAAGCAUUUGUCGAGAAAUUCCCUAAGAUGUUCACAAGGUUUUCUCGUGGGCUACAGCACUAGCAUAACGCUCUUUAUUUUCUUCCCAAAAUUUCAAGCUCUGAUCCACUUGUUUAUUCUAUUCUAGCGUUACCCUUUUGCCGCGAAGGAGAUGUGAGAAGCUAUUGCAGGCUUGGUGACUAGACGGGAUACCGUAUGUACGGUUGAUUGGCGUUGGAGCGCUGAUUGCCUGUGCCCACCUCUAGCGCAGUUUUGGUUCCAAGGAAUGCUCUCAAAGAUGGGGUCGGGGAUGUCGCCGUGUGCCGCAUGCAAACUGCUUCGACGAAGAUGUGCCCGCGAUUGUGUGUUUGCGCCGUACUUCCCUCCCGACGAGCCUCAGAAGUUCGCCAACGUGCACAAAGUUUUUGGGGCUGCUAAUGUCAACAAAAUGCUUCAUGACCUGCCCGUGCAUCAACGAGGGGAUGCUGUGAGCUCCAUGGUGUACGAGGCGGACGCACGCGUGAGGGAUCCUGUUUACGGCUGCGUUGGCGCAAUCUCCUCUCUACAGCAGCGAAUCGCGUUUUUACAGAACCAGUUGGCUGUCGCGAAUGCAGAGAUACUGUGCAUGCGGAUGCAGCAAGCAGCUAACAAUGCACCCACAUUGAAGGUUGAACCCCAGGCCACCCCGCCUUCUCAACCCCCAGAAAUGUCUUCGCCUUUGCAGCCUCAAUCGCCGGAGCUCCAGCAUCACCACAAACCCUGCACCAAUGCCUCAGAGUCAGGGGAGGCAGUUUGGACAUGAGGUGUAUUUUAGCGAUGACAUCGAUGCAGCCAUUGUAAUCAGUCACCAUAAGUCUUGACGUCGUAGGGUAAGGGUAUAAGAGCAUCCGAUGACUGAUUGAAUUUCGGCAUAGUUUUUGUUUUCCCAUACAGCAACGACAAGAGGGACAGCCUUUCUACUUUUGUUUUGGUUUCGGGUUUUCCCUUUCAACGACGCCCGGACUGCCAAGUGUUGGAUGACAUACCACCGACCUGGUAGAUCAGUGGCGGCCGCAAGCAGGAUCAACCUGCCAUAGUCCAGUCUUGCCCCCCUUUUAAAAAAAUUCUUCUUCCUCCUAUCCUGUUCGCUGGCUUGAGGUAACAUUCAGACAGGUGUCGGUAGACUACAAAUAUACAGCAGUUGUAUUGGGGCCCUCUUCUUCUUCGUCUUCUUCUUUUUCCUCCUCCUUUUCAAGGCCUCUCCACUUCCUUCGGCAACUCGUGACCUCUUGUGACGAAAAGCUGGAGCUCCUGUCGACGAUUGGGUUUGAUGAGAAACCCCUGGAAGGGCGCAUACUUGAGUACACAUCUCUUUUGUUAAUUUUUUCCUGCUUUUUUGUGAAAAAACUGUCAUAAAAGAUCAUGUUCUUACCUCCA